AUGGUGACGAAUGCUGAAGUGAAAUCAAAGAUGGAGGGAUUUCAGCGACAAAUAGAUGAGAUGCAACAAAAUAAUGAGGUUGUUUUUGCUGAAUUACGAACUGGGUUGACUAGUACUACAAAUGCGUUGGAAACAAGGUUCAAUGAGUUGGCAACAAUGAUACGGAACCUUCAACUAGCUCAACAACAGGCUGCUCAGCCUAUUAUUCAACUUCCAGCUGCUGCAGGGAACGCCCAUCAAUUACCAGUUGUAGGCAGAAAUAACAGGGAACAUCCCAAUUUUCAAAACCGACAUCACGAGCAAGAUAUGGCUGGAGACAUCACCAAGAAAGUUAAAGUAGAUGUUCCGAACUUUGAAGGCAACAUAAGCCCUGCAGUAUUUUCUGAUUGGCUGCAUAGUAUCGAAUCUUAUUUCGAUUGUGUUGAGUACGAACUAGAAAGGGCUGGACUUCCACCCACAAGUACUUGGCAAGAUUUGAAAGCAAGAUUGCGAGAAAAGUAUAUGCCUUUUAAUUAUCUUGAUAAGAUGCGAGAACAGGCAUAUGCCUUGAGGCAAGGAAGCAUGUCUGUGACUGAGUAUAUGCAAAAGUUUGAAGAAUUAACAGUACGCAGCCAACUUAAGGAAGAUAAUUUGCAAACAAUGGCUCGAUUCAAAGCGGGGUUAAGAGUUGAUACUAGGAGAGAGUUGUUUAGACAACAUCUGGCAACUUUAGAUCAUAUAUUUCAAGUGUCUCUUGAUAUAGAAGAAGGUCUGAAUCAGCCCCCUCCAAAGCAAUUUGGAAUUCAAGCCGAAGAGGCAGCAACUCAAAAAGGAUUUGGAGAUAAUCGAGAUACCAAAUUUAACAAUUCACAACCAUAUAAUCGCUCUAACAACUCGAAGCCCUCCUUCUCAAAUGGUACAAAUUCUAAAAAUAGAGGUAAUGAAUGUUUCAAAUGUGGAGAAUCCGGACAUAUGGCAUAUCAAUGUCCAAAGAAGCAAAACUUAUUUAUUAAAGAAAAAAGAUUGGAUGAAGAAGGCGCAUCACAAGAUCCUAAUUUAGAUGAAUUCGAAGGUUAUGAGGAUGAUGAUCUACAAGAUGAGGGUGUUGAUUCUACUUUUCUUUCAGUUGUGAGGCGCAUUCUAACAGCUCCUAAAGCUGAAAAAGAAGAAGAUUGGCGUCGAACUUCAAUUUUUCAAACUUUAGUACAUUGUGGUGAUCAACCAAAGAAGCUUAUUAUUGAUGGAUGGCUUGGAUCAACAACUCCAACUAUUCCCGUCACUCGUCGUUGUCUUGUUAGCUUUAAGUGUGGUGGUUAUAGCGAUUCAAUACUUUGCGAUAUUGUUCCUAUGCAUGUAACUCAUAUUCUUCUAGGUCGGCCAUGGCUUUACGAUCACAAUGUGCAUCAUAAUGGAAAGGAGAACUCAUACUCUUUCUCAAUUGGAAAGACAAACUAUGUUAUGAAACCAAUGAGUUCCCUUGAUAUUAAGAAGUACAAGAACGGUUGUCAGCCAUCAACUAAAAUGAAAGGCGAUGGUCAAAAGAAAUAUCUUAAUAUCCUUACCAAGAAGAAGUUUGAAGUAGAAAACAAAAAUAUAAAUUAUGUUCGCUGCCAUUGCAAGGGAAGUGGAAAAUUCAGCAGUUGA